AUGGGACUAUUCCAUGUUGCUAAACUAGUCGAGGCAGAGUACAUAGUUGAUUGUGUUGAUAUCUAUAAACAGCCGGCUUUUGAUCAUCCCUUAUUACAAAAUCAUAAAUUGCAGAUAAAACCAAGUUUUGAAAGAAAAGAUAGUCAAACAAGUAUGAAGAUUUCGCCAACCAUAUCCCUUUAUGGGCUCCAGAAAGUUAGUUGUCCAAAAGGAACUGUUCCUAUUCGAAGAGUCACUAAAAAUGAUCUCAUUCAAGACAAAUAUUUAUUCAAUGAUCGUAAACUAACUCAAAAUAGUUUUCGCACUAGUACUGCUCAUGUAUUUCUUCGACCUUCCGGUGGUCCUUACUAUGGAGUAAAUGGAACUACUAGUGUUUGGCAUCCAAGUGUUGUUGAGGGUCAAGAAAGUGCAGGGCAUUUAUAUGUCCAAAAUGGAAAUGGAGAUGGUACUAAUAAAAUUGUAGUUGGAUGGCAUGAUCCAACAAGCAAAAAUUGGUGGUUAUCUAUGGCAUUUAAGACAAUUGGAUAUUUUCCAGCACACUUGUUCUCUAACUUGAAAGAAGCUGAUGAAGUGGGAUGGGGUGGGGUUACAGUAACUCCUUCGGGUACUGAUAGUCCUGCGAUGGGAACAGGAGGUCUCCAAAAUGGUGAUUUUGGUUACGCUUGUUAUUUUAGGAACGUUGCAUAUCAAACAUCAAACCGUAUCUAG